AUGGCCCGCCACUCUUUCUUGAGCUUCUUCUUCAUCCUGCUCUCCUUCUCCAUAACUUCGUCGGCCUUCCGGUGGCGGUGUCAUCAGGAUGAUGCUGAAAACAUUCGCGAGAUCUUCAGCGAACUCAAUCUCACUCUCACUCAAGAUUGCUGCCGCAUACAUGACGCCUUCCAAUGCGACCCCAACACCAGCAGGGUGUAUUCUGUCAGGUUAGCUUACUUUGAUCACGCAGAAAAGAUCCCAGAUGCCAUUGGCAAGAUGACCAACAUACAGUAUCUGGACAUCCAUAAGAUGCCCAAUCUCCGCACUGAGAUCCCCUCCUUCAUCGCCAAUCUCGUGAACCUCAAGAUGUUCAGCAUCACCUGGACCAACGUGUCCGGAACCAUACCAGAUUGGCUGCACAAGCUGACCAACCUCGAGUCCAUUACCUUCUCCUUCAACAACCUCUCUGGUUCCAUACCGGCCUUCUUAGCAGAGGUGCCCAGGAUGACAUCAAUAGCUUUGGACAGGAACCGGUUCACCGGAUCGAUACCAGAAUCGUUCGGCAGAUUCAGGAACAGCCUUCCAACCAUCAAGCUCGGGUACAACAUGCUCAGCGGCGCGAUACCAAGGUCUCUAGGUGCCGUCGAUUUCAAUGAAAUCGACCUCCAGCACAACGACCUGACCGGCGAUCCGUCUCAUCUCUUUAAUAACAGAUCCAAGUCGACCUGGUUCCUCGAUCUGUCCCGGAACCUGUUUGAGUUCGAUAUGUCGAACGUCGUCUUCCCGACUCGGAACUUGGAGCGGAUAGACCUCUCUCACAACAUGAUCUGGGGCAGCAUACCUGAUCAGAUUCUCGAGGACACCAAGUUGAACUUCUUGAACGUGAGCUACAAUAGGCUCUGCGGGAAGAUCCCACAAGGAGGGAGACUGCAAGAGUUUGGUGCCUCGUCUUACAUGCACAACCGCUGCCUGUGUGGGCAGCCAGUUUCAGCCCAGUGUUAA